ACCUGAUAACUUGUGCGAACAUUGAUACUUAAAUGAAAAAUGGUGGUUGACAUGGAGUUACAGGAAGCUAAGGAUUACGUCCUUCAGCUUAUGAAAGAGAAAGAGAAAAUUGAAUCGGAGUUGAAAACAUUAAAGGAAAUCUUAGAUUCCAAUCAUGUUGGAAUGGAUGAUAGUUUGGUCGACUCUGAAGGAUAUCCACGACAGGAUAUCGACGUUUAUCAAGUCAGACACGCAAGGCACAAAAUAAUAUGUCUUAAAAAUGAUCACACUGCACUAAUGAACAAAAUAGAGGAGGGUUUGCACAAAGUGCAUGCAUUGGCUGGAAAUCAAGCAGAAAGUUCGACUGUAGCUGCAACAAGCGAUAUUCAAGAUACUAUACAAUUGGAGCCUUUUCUGAGGGUAAAUUUGGUAACACCAGGUUCACCAGCUGAAUUAGCAGGGAUUCAGGUUAAUGACCUUAUAUUGAAAUUUGGCUGCAUCGAUUAUCGGAAUUAUAAAUCGUUAAACGAUAUUGGUACUUUGGUACAAAACAGCAAGAAUAAGCCUGUGAAUAUACUAGUUAAACGUGGCUCUAAUACAGUACCUUUGACUUUGGUUCCACGUCGUUGGCAUGGCAAUGGCCUUCUGGGAUGUAAUGUAAUGUCUAUAGAGACAGUUGAGAGAUAAAUCUUUUAAAAGAACUACAGUAAUGCCCACUUAAGUGACCGCGCUCGGGACCGGUCGCGGUCAUUUAUGUGGGUAUAGUUGCUUCUCAGAAUUCAACGGAGAUAAGAAAAGAGGAUAAGUUCGAGUGAGAUACAAUAGCUGGUACCCGAAACUAUAUAUACAUAUAUAUACUAUGUAUCGAUAAUGACUGGCGUUAAGUUACGUUCGACACGCUCGAUGUUCGAAGCCGCUUGGCUUCUAAGAAAUGGUGGAGAAUAACCGUGGACAUUUAA